CGGAUAGGCAGAAUCAGAAAGGCACAAGCGGGCAGGAGGAGAGGAGGAGGUAGACAGGAAAAAACAAAGAUGGCAGUGUAGAUUAAGGGGGAGACUAUCGAAGAGACUCUGCAUCAAACUCAUCACUUUAAGGCUUUCUGGCGAAUCCGGAUCGCGUCGGAGUGGAUCGGUUUUGUUCGGAAGACGGACCGGAGCCAAGGAGCCCAGCCGGGUCGCAAAGCGUCGCCGUGUGCGUGCUGUCACAGCGGAUAACGGCAAACAACAGCCUGUUGUUUUGUUGAGGCAUAGGAAAGCUGUUUUCUCUCAUUAGAAACUGAGAGCUGAAGCUAACCCGAGAUCAAUCCAGAAAUCUCAAGACAUUUAUGUAGGGAAAACUGCAGUGAAACACAGAUGACAAUAAUUUUCCUGCCCCGUAUUCUUAUAUCACUAUAAACCCGAUAAUAAUCUGAGGCUUGUUAUCAAGGGAUUGUUUACUACUGAAUGCAUUGUUGGCAGUCCAGAUACACCAUUGUCACAGACCAAAUAGCUCGGGGGAAAACCUGGAAAUUUCACACUGACAGUCAGCGAAUCCUGUGCUAGACCAGCGCAAAUAUCCUCUCUGACUCGUUUUGGACCGGACUUGGAUGUCUUCGAUGGAUGAGAGGAUGGAAUUAGGCGUCGGGGCCGCUCCAGGCUCCUCAUCUUCGGGUCUGAGUGUCGGUCCUGUGGGAGGAGCCCUGGAUGCGGGUCCGGGGAGCGCCGGACUGGUAGGUAUUCAAGAGGAGCCUGUCCUGCGGAGAGACGGUUCUGGUUCCGAGGCCGACCCGGACGCACCGCCCAAGAAGCGCGUGAGACAUCAGGAGGGGGAAGCGGGGAAGCUCGAGGAGCGGCUGUACUCUGUACUGUGCUGCACUGUGUGUCUGGACCUGCCUAAAGCUUCUGUGUACCAGUGUACAAACGGGCACCUGAUGUGCGCAGGCUGUUUUAUCCACCUGCUUGCCGACUCACGUCUCAAAGAAGAACAGGCCACGUGUCCUAACUGCCGCUGUGAGAUCAGUAAGAGUCUGUGUUGCAGGAACCUGGCGGUGGAGAAAGCCGUGAGUGAACUGCCAUCCGAGUGCAGCUACUGCCUCAAACAGUUCCCUCGAUCCAGCCUGGAUCGCCAUCAGACGGAAGAGUGCCAGGACAGAGUGACACAAUGUAAGUACAAGCGGAUUGGCUGCCCAUGGCAGGGGCCUUUCCAUGAGCUCAGCGCUCAUGAGGCAGAGUGUUCCCACCCAUCCAAGACUGGUAUGGAGUUGAUGGGUAUACUGGACGAGAUGGACCAGAGCCAUCGCAGAGAGCUACAGCUCUACAACAGCAUCUUUAGCCUGCUGUCCUUUGAGAAGAUCGGCUUUACAGAGGUGCAGUUCCGGCCGUACCGCACCGAUGACUUCAUCACGCGACUGUAUUACGAGACGCCUCGCUUUACCGUGCUCAACCAAACCUGGGUGCUUAAGGCGCGAGUCAACGACUCCGAACGCAACCCCAACCUCUCCUGCAAGCGCACACUGUCCUUCCAGCUUAUUCUGAAGAGCAAAGUGAACUCUGCACUGGAGUGCUCCUUCCUGCUGCUGAAAGGGCCGUACGAUGACGUGAAAAUCAAACCCGUCAUCCAGCACCACGUCUUCUCCAACGACGCUAACGAAACCGAGUACGCCCUGCUGCCCAUCAGCGACAGCGUGGAGUGCAACAAGCUGCUGGCUGCCAAAAACAUCAACCUCCGCCUCUUCAUCUUUCAGAUCCAGAAAUAGAGGCGUGAGAUGACGGGACGGAAGAAGAACAUAGGAGAAGUGAUUGGGAAGGCAAGCACCACUGAACCACAGAUACCUCUAAUGGAGAAGGAUAAAAAAUAUGGCCCAUCAGAACUGCAUUGUUCGUUUGUGUGCGAGUGCGUGUUGUUGCCGGUAAGCGUCCAGACCCGAAAAUCUGCCUUUUUCAUCAACAAACCCACCCUACACUCUUACUGGCGGAGCAGGACAGGCCCGAAUGGACAGCACAAAAGAGUCAUUGACUGUGUUUGUGUGUGUUUCCUUGAGCCUGUUUGUGAGGAUGCAAGUCAUUUCAGACCGAUAUGAUAUUUAGUUUGAUUGAUCAACAACUGAUGGGUGAGAGUGUUUGGGACGAAAGGUAAAGGCAGAGGUGUCAGAGGUGUAAUGCAACCUAUCAAGCAGGCAAUGUUAAACUGUGUUUGUGUGUAUGUCCCGCUCGAAACCGUUCUCAAGGCUUCUCCACACAGACACUGCAGCACAGGGGCUGCAACUGCUUUAAGUGUAUUUUUGAAUGUGAAGGUAGCCAUUUUCAUUGGUGCAACAGUAACAGUUAGGCUGGAUAAAAUGUCUGCCAAUCCCAGAAGAUGCGAUUUUGCAUGGUUUUAGUUUUUCUUUUUGUGUGCACUUUGGAAUGCACACUUUUAGUUGAGUAGCAAUCGUAACCCUGUAAUCUUAACUUAAGUUUGACUUUAUUAACACGUUUAUUUAAGAAUCUGUGAACUUUGCCUUUAUUCCUUCUGUGAAUAGUCAUCGUCAUUAACAAAUGCCAUGUGUUCUUUUCAGGCCCCCAGUUUGUCAACACAGUUACACCGUGUCUACACCAGACGCGACACUACAUACGGCUUGUUCUUAUGGGAUUGUCGCAUCGCGCAUCCAUUGUGGACAAAAUUUUAAAAUAUAAUAGCAUCUAAUGCGUUCUGUUGUCUUUUGUCGUGUCAUGUCGCAUCACGCCGCGUCCAUUGUAGAUACGGUGUUGCAUUUCCCACGCAUUGUGAUGUCAUAAUACCUUAAGCUGAAUCAUAGAUACUAUUUAUUUUUAGUAAUUUAUUUAACUUGCAUUUAUUCGCUAACAUAGAGUCUUCUCACCACAGCAAAACUGGAAACUGGAUUACCCGUUACAGACCCUUUCCAUCCCUUACGAGAAUGAAUUAACCAUGGUUUUAUUAUAGUAAUGGGCGGUUUCUCUGACAGGGAUAAGUUUAAGACAGGACUAGGCCUUAGUUAAAUUAGGAUAUUUAAAGUGAAAAUAAAAAUUCUGUCAUCAUUUACACACCCUCUUGUCAUUUCAAACCUGUAUGACUUUCUUCCGCAGAACACAAAAGAAGAUAUUUUGGAAAAUGUUGUUAACUGGACCCCAUUCACUUGCAUUGGUUUUGUGUCCGUACAAUAGAAGUGAAUGGGGUCCAAUGCUGUUCGGUUACCAACUUUCUUCAGAAUAUCUUCUUUUGUGUUCUGCGGAAGAAAGAAAGUCAUACAGGUUUAAAAUAACAAUAUGAGUAAUGAUGACCGAAUUUACAUUUUUGGGUGAACUAUCACGUUAAGUAGUUUUUAAAAAAACAUACUUUACAAAAAACAUUAUGCAUCUUGAGACAAAGCAAUCGCACUGACAUACACUGCCCGUCCAAAAAAAAGUCACACACUCAAAUAUUUCGUUGGACCGCUUUUAGCUUUGAUUACGGCACGCAUUCGCCGUGGCAUCGUUUCGAUAAGCUUCUGCAAUGUCACAAUAUUUAUUCCCUCCCAUCCAGAGUUGCAUUCAUUUUUCACCAAGAUCUUGUAUUGCCCUUACAGAAAAGACACAUGAAUUUCACAUGUUUUUUACAUGUUUUUCGCAUGUGAUCACAUGUAUACAACAUGUGUUUAACAUGUGCAAAAAAACACGUGUGAUCACAUGUGAAAUGUGUGUUUUUGGAACAUUUUGGUGUGAAUUCCAUGUGAAUUCCCACGUGAAACCCAUGGGAUAACAUGUAAAAACCCAUGGGAUGACAUGUGGUGACAUGAAGAACAUGUGAUAACAUGUGGAGACAUGUCACAUAUGUUAUUUCACAUGUGAUCACGUGUGUUUUUUGCACAUGUGAAUUUCGUGUCUUUUCUGUAAGGGUGAGGAUGGGAGGGUCGGACCGCUGCGCAAAGUCUUCUCCAGCACAUCCCAAAGAUUCUUAAUGGGGUUAUGGUCUGGACUCUGUGGUGGCCAAUCCAUGUGUGAAAAUGAUGUCUCAUGCUCCCUGAACCACUCUUUCACAAUUUGAGCCCAAUGAAUCCUGGCAUUGUCAUUUUGGGAUAUGCCCGUGCCAUCAGGGAAGAAAUAAUCCAUUGAUGGAAUAACCUGGUCAUUCAGUAUAUUCAAGUAGUCAGCUGACCUACUUUUUUGGGCACAGAACGUUGCUGAAUGUAGAUCUGACCAACUGCAGCAACCCCAGAUCAUAGCACUGCCCAGGUGAUGACUUUUAUUUUGGAAGGGAAGUGUAUUUUAGGAUAUGUCAGUGCAAGUUGUUUUCGAUCAAGAUACUUCUGACAUUUAAAUUAGUCUGGGACUAGUCUGCCCCUAAAAGUGUCUGGCAGAUUUAUUAUAAUUUUACUACAAAUACCAUGGUUAAACUUAUGUUAUUGGGGUGAGACCAUCGUAAAUUUGUGGUUACUAUAGUUAAACCAUGGUCAAUUAAUCAUCCCUAUAGAGGCACAUAUGGUCUUUCUUUCAUACCUUUAUUAAAAAUGCACAUGCACACACAAUCUCACAAGCUGGGGGUACAAAAGAGCCAAUUGAGUAUUUGGAUAUCUAUAGUGAACUCGGCUGUGACCUAACACUUUAGACAUACUUGAAAUAAACAGAUCAACAGAGUUGCUUUUGCAGAGACUGUCACUUCUGGAGUUUAGGUUCAAACUGUUUCUGCGUUUAAAAGCUUUUAAUUCUCACAUGACACUCUGGCUGUAUAUGUGCCUUUCUAUUAAAGCUCAUUUAAACUUGUGUCAUUGCAU